UGCAGAGCGCACUGGAGCCCUGGCCAGCGCGCAGCCUUCCCCGGCGCCGGCAAGCUGGGUCUUGGGGAUUCUGGUUUGCUUUGGCUCACUCGCUUUUACAAACUACUGGAUCUUACAUGCCUCUGUACCCCCCACUUCCACUUCAUGUCCCCAUGCUCCUGCGCCAGCAACAGGACAUGUACUCUGGAUGUCAGCUGAGUUACUGAAGUAGCUUUGCAUGUCCGUAGACAGACCUUGGUAGACCCUCAAGGCUCCUGGAAACCCCCAUCUCUCCUUCUUCUUUUUUGUGUGUGACCUCACUGAACAUUCAAAACUGUUUCUCCAAAGGGUUUUGCAAAAACUCAGACUGUUUUCCAAAGCAGAAGCACUGGCGUCCACAGCAGAAGCGAUGGGCAGUGUGCGAACCAACCGCUAUAGCAUUGUCUCUUCAGAAGAAGACGGAAUGAAGUUGGCCACCAUGGCGGUUGCAAACGGCUUUGGGAACGGGAAGAGCAAAGUCCACACCCGACAACAGUGCAGGAGCCGCUUUGUGAAGAAAGAUGGCCACUGUAAUGUUCAGUUCAUCAACGUCGGGGAGAAGGGACAACGGUACCUUGCAGACAUCUUUACCACAUGCGUGGACAUUCGCUGGCGGUGGAUGCUGGUUAUCUUCUGCCUGGCUUUCGUUCUCUCGUGGCUGUUCUUUGGCUGUGUGUUUUGGUUGAUAGCUCUGCUCCAUGGGGAUCUGGAUGCGUCAAAAGAGAGCAAAGCUUGUGUGUCUGAGGUCAACAGCUUCACGGCUGCCUUCCUUUUCUCCAUUGAGACCCAGACAACCAUAGGCUACGGCUUCAGGUGUGUCACGGACGAGUGCCCGAUUGCUGUCUUCAUGGUGGUGUUCCAGUCAAUUGUGGGCUGCAUCAUUGACGCCUUCAUCAUUGGCGCCGUCAUGGCGAAGAUGGCAAAGCCAAAGAAGAGAAACGAGACUUUGGUCUUCAGUCACAACGCUGUGAUCGCCAUGAGAGACGGCAAGCUGUGUUUGAUGUGGCGGGUGGGCAACCUUCGGAAAAGCCACCUGGUGGAAGCUCACGUGAGAGCCCAGCUGCUCAAAUCCAGAAUUACUUCGGAAGGGGAGUACAUCCCCCUGGAUCAAAUAGAUAUCAACGUCGGGUUUGACAGCGGAAUUGACCGCAUAUUUCUGGUGUCUCCGAUCACGAUAGUUCACGAAAUAGAUGAAGACAGUCCUUUAUAUGAUCUGAGUAAACAGGACAUUGACAACGCAGACUUUGAAAUUGUGGUCAUUCUAGAAGGUAUGGUGGAAGCCACCGCCAUGACCACACAAUGCCGGAGCUCCUAUCUGGCAAAUGAAAUCCUCUGGGGCCACCGCUACGAGCCUGUACUCUUUGAGGAGAAGCACUAUUACAAAGUAGACUAUUCAAGGUUCCACAAGACUUAUGAGGUGCCCAACACUCCUCUUUGUAGUGCCAGAGACUUAGCAGAAAAGAAAUAUAUCCUCUCAAACGCUAAUUCAUUUUGCUAUGAAAAUGAAGUUGCCCUCACAAGCAAAGAGGAAGAUGACAGUGACAAUGGGGUUCCAGAAAGCACCAGUACGGACACACCCCCUGACAUAGACCUUCACAACCAGGCAAGUGUCCCUCUAGAGCCCAGGCCCUUAAGGCGAGAGUCGGAGAUAUGACUGCUUCCUUCUCUGGAAUAUUUACUUUAAAAUAACAGUCUGUUGGUCAAAGGCCCAAAACAGUUACUCAGACGACGGUACUGGUGAAGAGGUGGGUCAAGACGAGUGGCCACAAGGGACCGAGGCGAGCAUGAUGGCUUCCAAGAAAGACUGUAAGCUCGGAGAUGAACAUAAAGCACUCAACAUGCCUCCCUCCCCACCCCCUCCCCCCCUCCCCGUGACCCAAUGGCACAUACAUGUUGUAGAAUAAGUUAUGGGGUUUUUAUGUUUUGUUUUGUGUUUUUACAAAACUUGAACUUGCAGGCAAGCCUUGGUUGGGUAUUUGACUAAUCCAGAAUGCUUCUCUUUAGGGAACAAGAAUGUUUUUAAUGGCAUAACAAAGGCAAGACUCUGCCUUAAUUUUUGAAAAGCUGCUAACUACAUGAACACAAAUUGUAUUUUUGUUGCCGUGUAGUUUUUCUUUUGUGUAAUUUAAAAGUCAGUGUUGAACUUUGUUGAAAGCUCAUGAUAUGUGCUUCAAAGUGGCAAGUAUUUGGCUAUUAAGCUGCCAAAACGAGAGCCUGAUUUUUUUGAGGCCAGUAAUUUGUUUGCUAGAAUUGAUUUUCUCUCUCUCUCUCUCUCUCUCUCUCUCUCUCUUUGGUUACAUAAGGGCAUUAUGUAACACUAGCCAAAUGGUAGCCUCUGGGUUUUGUUUUGUUUUUUCCCUUCCAUGAUGUUAAUGGGUUAUCUCAAAUUUUAAGUUAGACUACCUAAAAUAAAUACCAAAGAUAAUGCACAUUUUUGCACAGUGGAGCUUAGACUAAAAAGAAUAGAAAGCCCCACGGCUGCCUUGAAAUCAAGAAACAAUAACUUUGAACCUCAGCAAGACCUUGAACUACCCUCUCCUCUUUCACUUACUCAGAAAUACAACAUCAUACGCACAGAGUCUAGUCAGUGUCCUGCUUUUCCGAUUUCACUCUUUCAUGCAACUUGUUUAUGAUAGGGGAAGAAGAAAGGUGAAUUAAAAUUCACACAUAUGCAAUCAAAAUACCUUCUCUUUCCUGCUUGCUAAGGCUGGCCAGGUCAACGCACAAGAUGAAAGAAGGUGAUGUGCUCUUAGAUUUUUUUGGAUUUUCCCUUUCUGCACAUUCCAAAAUGUAUUCCAUAAGACCUAGGUUGGAGUUAGUUGGCUCAAAAUCUGAGCUACCCAACGUGAA